ACCCCAGCUUCCUCCCUUAGACUCAGGAGUGCAGACCCCAGCCCUCCUCCUUCAGACCCCAGCCCUCCUGCCUCAGACCUCAGCCUCCUCCCUCAGACCCAGGAAUGCAGACCCCAGCCCUCCUCCCUCAGACCCCUGUUAGAAAGACCCCCCCCCCAUUGCAUCAUCUGUCCAGGCAGCCCUGGCCACGGUGGAAUUCAGGUUUCUGCCAAGUGUGUCAAAUAUCACGCGUCAGGAGUGAGGAGGACACAUGGGCGGGCCUGUCUGGGUAUAAAUUCUGGUACUUCUGCGUUCAGCAGACAGCCUUAGUGUCUUGUUAGCUGGAGAGUCAACAGGAGACACAGGCAUUUGCUCUGCCUGAGUCCCAGUUUGAAUUGGAAUCUGCUUUGCUGGGGCACCCAGUUCAGAAGCCAAUUCCAGACAACCGUUCCUCGGCCGCCUGCUUGCCAGGGACUCUCUCUAGAGGAGUGUGUUAUUGAUGGACUGGAUGAAACCUAGAGUUGGGGUCCCAGGACCGUGGGUCCCUCUGCUGGCUGUCUUCCUGCUGGGGGUCUGCCAGGCACACCCCAUUCCUGACUCCAGCCCCCUCCUCCAGUUUGGGGGUCAAGUCCGGCAGAGGCACCUCUACACAGAUGACGACCAGGGCACUGAAGCCCACCUGGAGGUCAGGGAGGAUGGCACAGUGGUAGGCGCCACACUCCGCAGCCCAGAAAGUCUCCUGGAGCUCAAAGCCUUGAAGCCAGGGGUCAUUCAAAUACGAGGUGUCAAGGCCUCUAGGUUUCUUUGCCAACAGCCAGAUGGAGCUCUGUAUGGAUCGGUUCACUUCGAUCCUGAGGCUUGCAGCUUCAGGGAGCUGCUUCUGGAGGAUGGAUACAACGUCUACCAGUCUGAAGCCCAUGGCCUGCCCCUGCGCCUGCCUAAGAGCGACUCUCCAAGCCAGGGCCUAGCAGCCUGGGGACCUGUGCGUUUUCUGCCUCUGCCAGGCCAGCUCCACCAACCGCAGGAGCCACCAGGGUUCCUGGCCCCAGAGCCCCCCGAUGUGGGCUCUUCUGACCCCCUGAGCAUGAUGGGGCCUUUGCAGGGCCGAAGCCCCAGCUAUGUUUCUUGAGACUUCCUGAUUCUGGGGAUGGAUCUGUUUGGGGUUCUUCUAUUUAUUAGGGGUAUUUAUCUUAUUUAUUUAUUUUAAUUUUUUUCUUACUUGGGGUAAUAAAUAGUUUGAGA